GCGGCUUCUGUUGUCUUCCUUCCUCCGUCGGCGCUGCCGGGCUGGGUUGGGAGGGGCGGCGGCCGGCAGCGCCGCCUUCGGUAAAGUCCGGAAGCCGUCGGGCGGGUUCGGAAGAGGGCUUUUUAAAGGCGCGCGAGCCGAGGCGUGAGGAGGCGCGACAGAAAGGGGGCAGGAAAGCGGGACGUUGGGCUGCCGCCUCCGGCGAUCCCUUUGGGGGCGGCUGAAGCUCUCGCCGCCGCGAUGCUGACGGACAGCCUGGUGGAGGAGUUCGAGAUCCGAGACGAUGAGCCUUGGUACGACCAGCAGGACCUGCAGCAAGAUCUCCAUCUUGCUGCUGAACUUGGGAAGACGCUGCUGGAUCGGAACACAGAGUUGGAGACAUCUCUACAGCAGAUGUAUGCAACCAACCAAGAACAACUACAGGAGAUAGAGUAUCUUACAAAACAGGUGGAACUCCUGCGUCAGAUGAAUGACCAGCAUGCCAAAGUUUAUGAACAGCUCGAUGUCACUGCCAGGGAUCUAGAAGAUGCUAAUCAGAAACUAGUUGUGGAUAGCAGAUCUUCACAGCAAAAGAUCUUAAGCCUUACUGAGACCAUUGAAAGUCUUCAGACACACAUUGAUGACCUCCAGAGACAAGUGGAGGAGCUGAAGAAUUCUGGGCAGGGCCACAUGAACCGCGAAAGAUCUGAACAGCCAAGAUCUGUUCACAGCUUUUCAUGUCUGAAAGAACUGUAUGAUCUUCGCAAGUAUUUUGUUUAUGAUCAUAUUUUUGCAGAAAAAAUUACUUCUAUAGAUACACAGCUGAGCCCUUUGGAGGAAGAAAACCAGAACUUGAAAAAGGCAGUGACUCUCUUGCAAGCCCAGCUUGACAUGGAAAAACAGAAGAGGGUAACUAUGGAGGAGGAGUACAGCCUUGUCCUGAAGGAGAAUUGUGACCUUGAGCAGAGACUGGUGGAUGUUGAUCUAUACCGCAACAGAGCUGAAGAGCUUGAAGCUGAGGUGGUUGAAAUGAGGCAGAUAUUCCAGUGUGAAAACCCAUUUGUUAGCGGGGUGGAAAAGCUUGUUCCGGAGUCCUUUUUUAUUUCCUUGAAAGACACUCUAGAGAAGGAGCCGAGUCGGAGCCCUUCAGAUGGGGUGUAUUUAACUGUUCCAGAACUUGACAAAAGGGCUCUGAAAAGAAGCAGCAGUGAGACCUUCUUGGGUAGCACAGUGGGUGGAGACCUCCUCAAGGGGCAUGAGGAAACCUGCAUCAGGAGGGCCGAAGCUGUAAAGCAAAGGGGCAUCUCUCUGCUUAAUGAGGUUGAUGCCCAGUAUAACGCUUUGAAGGUCAAGUAUGAGGAACUCCUGUCGAAGUGCCAGAUGGAUGAGGAGUCUGUGAAACACAAAGCUGUGCAGACCUCUAAGCAGUAUGCUAAAGAGGUCAGUGUAGGCAGCAGGCGCUUGGACAUGAACAUGAGAGAAUCAGAAGGCACGAGUGCUGAUCUAGCCAGCUUACCAACAAACACUGCACCUGAGUACAAACUUCUCUUCAAGGAAAUCUUCAGUUGUAUCAAGAAAACCAAGCGUGAAAUAGAUGAACACAGAGCAAAGUAUCCAUCGCUGUCAUCUCUGCCUUAAUAUCCUUGGCAUUUCCUUAUCGACAUAAAUAUGUAUAACCCUAGAACAAGUUUUGAAGCUGCUCUCUGAUGUCAUUUGUAUGAAGCAUGGUGUUGAACGUCUGUAUUCUAGAGUGUGUGUUGGUUGUUUUUUGUUCUCUUGAAUAAUGGGUUGGGUCUUCUUAAGUGGGUUAUGUGCAUUUUGCAAAGUAUUUGCUUUCUCCAGCUAAGGAUAAAUGGACUUGCUCAGAGGGAGCCACUAACAAAGAUAAAUUGGCAAGUUACUGCUAUAUUCAAUUGACCUCUCUAGUACAGGGCAUUAAUUUCAGCCUGCAGAUAUGAGAACCAAAAAGUAGCUGUGUUCUGUGUGGAGCUGCUGCUUCUGGAUUAGGUUAUUCUGUCAAGGUCAAUCCUGUGGCCAAAAGUUAAGAAAUAGGAACUGCUGCAGCCACUGAAACACAGUAAUUGUAAAAUAAAUCACAACAUUUAGAAAAGGAUGUGAUAUUUCAAGUUGUGAUUAUAAGUAGAACUACCCCCCCCCCCCAUUUCCCCCUUAUAACUUACUAGUAAGUCCAAAUGGAUCUCUUACUGUUAGACUUGCUUUCAAUGGAUCAAUGUUCCUGAAAAGCCAGCCUAGCCUAAAAGGGAAAGAGUUUUUGUUAAUAGAGUUCCCUUGGCAUGUGUUUUCAGUUUUGUAAGUGUUUAAAGAUCCAUUUUAGGAAGAGGCUAUUAAAUUGUUUCCACAAGCAAAUGUUCUGCUCUGGAUUUCAGAAGCUGUUGAGUCCUUUCAAAGAGGACCAAGCAAAAAAGGCUUCCAGCGUUGUGUGCAAUGUAGCAUCUGCUUUUUCUCUUCAAGCCUGAAAUAUGUCCAGUGAUGGCUCUUCAGCUCACUGAGUUUCUGUGCUUGGAUCCAUUUUUGUACAAAACAUUCCAAGUUGCAACAUAGUGAACUUACAUGCUAACUUCUGAUGCUUUAGCACUACCUGGGGGGAAAUUACAGUAUUGCAACAUGUGGGCUUAAUCCAGUAACUGCCCAUUACAUGCAGUGAAAUCCCCUCGAUGUAGCAAGUGUUCUGUCUCUAAAAGGGCGUGCAGUGUCAAUAGCCUUGAAAUAUAUACACUAUUUAGGAUACGGUGUUGGGUGGGAGGGGGAGUCCGUACACGACACAUGGUUCUGCUGCUUGUAGGAGCAUACGUUAGCAAGUGCAUUGGCCUGUAACAUUUAGAGUUCGAGAAAAGUUGCAUUUAGUUGAAUACAGGAAGAUGCUGAGACAGAAGGGAAUUGGCAGGUUGCUGUCCUCCGCUCUGUUCCUUGGCUGAGCAAAUCUAUUAAGAUCGAGAACGCAAGACAAGAUUUGCCCCUUUUACGUAACUUAUGUUUAAAUUACUGAGCACAGGGCCAACAUGAAUAGGUAGUGAUAGUUUCUUAGGAUAGAGUAUGGGCAAAGCUAAGAAGUGGAAAGGUGGACAGCAGCUCUAGAAAAGGUGACUGGGGUAACUGGGCUGCAAGUUAAAAGGAAAAGCACUUGUCAACAGGACUGCGAAAUAAAACUUGAACUGCCUAAAAAGGUAUUGCGCACUUCUCUGCCUUAUGUACAGUAUAUAAUGGAGAUGGCUUGUUCUGACAAGUUGUUCUGACAAUAUGGAAACACAUUCCACAAAAGUGCAUAUUAACUUAUUUAAAGAGUUGUAAGCUAUUUGUGACUAUCUUGUGUAAAGCUAAUAAAUGCCUUUGGCAACUA